UUCAGUCGCUCGCUCGCCACCCGCCACCAUGGGGGACGUGUUAGAAAACGAAGAAUAUUCCUACAUAGUCACUGAACGUGAUUUCGUUUCCAUACUCAUUGAUUUAUACAGAAAUCGCCCGGAAUUAUGGAAGGUAAAACAUAUCGGUUACCUCGACAAACAGCAGAAAGCUCGCGCGCUAGACGAGAUGGUUAAAGAGCUUCAAUCGUACAGGCCCGACUUCAAUAAGGAGCAAGUGAGAAAGAAGAUAAACAUAUUGAGAACUAACUUUAACAAAGAGAGACGCAAGGUGGCUGCGGCGCGGCGGAGAGGAGACGACGAAUACAAGCCGCAUCUUUGGUAUUAUAACGAGUUGUUAUUUCUUUCUGAUGAAGCGCAAGGCGGGAAUUUUAAAAGCUCUGAUACAGAAGACACAUUGGUAGAACAGAAGUACCUUCCAGACAGCGAUUUCCAGGACACGACAGUUCAGUCCCCAUCUACCACACGACAGCACACCAACGUACUCAAAACUAUCACAGUAAAAAGAAGAAAAAUUAACCUUGAAGAAGAAGAAGAAGGAGUUGAAGGACAUGAAAAACCCGAACCAGAACAAUACAUGACCGUUACAACGACUUACUAUAAAAAACCUAAAACAAAAGAAGAUAUUCUAGCGAAACACUGGGCGAUGAAAUUGAAGAAACUUAGCGGCGAACAAAAGUUGUUUGCGGAGAAGAUCAUAAAUGAUGUGCUGUUUGAAGGGGAGUUAGGGAAUUUGACCAAGAAUGGUGUGUCGUUCUGAAAGACUUGUAUUACUAUACCUCUAAAUGUUCUAUUUUGUAUACCUUUUGCAUGAUACAAUGUCGACUUAUAGGGAAGACCACAUAAGCGCCUUUUUUUAGAUUUUUUGACGUGACUUACUGCACUAUUUGGGCCAGAGCGUCCUCUGAGGGGAUUAUAUUUGAAAAAAUUAAUCGACCCUAAUGGGCCGAUAGCGAUAGGCGCUGAACGAGAGAAAUCCUCGACCACGCCGGCGAAGUCGGUAUCGGGGUUCUGAAGUGAUUGUUAUCUAUAUGUUUAUACUGUGAACCUUCAUUUUUUUAAAUGUUUUGUUUAUGAUUUGUGAGGUAAAUAAAUAUUAAAUGAUGUUUACAAAAGCUUCUUUCGUAAGUAGCACAUACUACCUACCUAAGUGAGUAAUGACGGUUAAAUCUUCUAACGUGUGGGUUGUGAGGUGAAAUCUCAUCAACCUCGGUGUCAGGGUUAUUAUUGAGCCGCCAAAAGCCCCUGAAAUGACUCAUGUAACGACUACUUACUUACAUCAGUAAGUAGUAACCGGGACCAACAGCUUACUUCCGAAGCAACGUCCUACCUUACCUGAGAUUUGGAGAUAAAAAUUACAAGCUGUUUUCAACGAAUUUAGGUUUCUCUCUUUAUUUAAGAGCUGCGCUCUUACGUGACGUGUAGAACGGUGGUUGCCCCAAUCGCCUUCCGUUCCGCAG